AACACAUUUCAGACAACACAGCAGCGGAGGUUGUCCUGUCCUAUUCUUUCUUCCCUACGGCUCUGCUCGUUGCUUUUCGUGAUUACUCUCGUUUCAGGCCUGUAUUUCUGUUUCUCUGUUUCUCUGUAUCCACUACUCCCAUCAGCUGCUCUCGUCACGAUCGCGUCUGCGCCUGACAGCACAACGAUAUCUGCCUACGAAAAGACGAAAGACGAAAGACGAAAGACGUCCAGGGAGUUCCGGGGCGAAUCUCCACAAAUAAAUAGCAGGAUUGUCCGUUCUAUCAUGCUAGAGCCUCACCAUCCCCUCGUGUCACGGUUAAUCUAGGCCGUCACGUAUCCACCAUGACCAAGGCCGACGUGCGCAAGGACUACUACGCCGAGCUGGGGAUCUCCCCCAGCGCGGACGCAGAGGAUAUCAAGAAACAGUUUCGAAAGCUGGCUCUCAAGUACCAUCCUGACCGCAACCCUGGCCGCGAACCCGAGUUCAAGGCCAAGUUCCAGGCCAUCCAGGCCGCCCAUGAGAUCCUCGGCGACCCCCAGCGACGAUUGAAAUAUGACACCGACAGACUGCGUGCUGGGUAUGGGAAGCUGUAUGGGCCUCCGAACAUGGGGGCUGCGCGGAAGCCCCCUCCCCCCGCUACGACUUCGACGAAGCCGCCGACUUCGAAAGCGUCGUAUUUCAACACGAGACCGACUUCUUUCCAGGGCACAUCGACAAGAGAAAGAGAAGGAGGGGCAGGAACCCCAGGAGGCAUGCCCGGUGCUCAGAGAUAUGCGAGUUACGCGCGUGCUGCACCCCAGCAGCCGUGGCAGAAGACGCACGACAGCUCGCAGACAAGAGCGGAUGCUUUUCGUGGGUUUCAGGAUAUGAAGGGGAGCAGCAGCGGUGCAAGCAACAAUAAUACCACGACUAAUAAUAAUCCUACCUCAAACAACGGUGGAGGGUGGUCGUCGUUUGAUCCGCAUACAGGCCGCCCGAUGCCCGGGGCGACCAGCAAACCCGCCAGACCUGGGCCGGAGCCCACCACAGGGCCCUUUGGCAACAGAUCCAAGUCCGCCUACGAGUACUUCAAGUCGCCGCCGAGACAGGCCAGCACGGCGACCCCACCGCCGACCAGAAAGAAACAGGGCUUCGCGCCCCGGACCGCCGGCGGCGACGAGCCCAUGGCCCCGAAUACCUCGGCGUACACGCGCGACCGCCCGCACAGUAGUGCAAACCUAUACGAAUCGAUGUCGUCCAAGGCACAAGCACAAGCACAGGCACAAGCACAGGCACAAGCACAGGCACAACCUGGUGUGACGCCCGAGCGGAUGAGCAGUCGGUACGCCACCGCCGGCGGCGAAAAGACCUACUUUUCCAGCGCCUGGCUGGGUCGCUCCGCCAGCGUCCGCUCCCCUAACCAUGCGAGUAGCCCGAGCCCCAACACGCGAUCGCGCACGAAUCCUCCCAGCCCGACGGCGCCGGAGCGCGGGCGUCAUCGCAGUGCCAGCCCGAAACUCAAGAGAGACCACCACCACCACCGCGCGCGUCGCAACACAUUCUCGGAUACCACGAGUUCCAGCGAGGACGGCGACGAUGACGAGGAGCCGUUCAAGCCCCGUGCGGUACCCAAGAGCAGGCUGCGCCCUCAUCAGAAGUUCUCGGAUUUCCAUACCGAGCAGUACGAUUGGCGAAGAUCUGGCCAUGAUUCUGAUAGUGCUGCAUUGCGGGACUCCCAUCGCCACCAUCGCGAGACGCAUUCCCACCGGCAUGCAUCUCAGGAGCGAUACCCUACUGCCAAUCCUCACAAUCUACACAAGAAAUUCUCCGCAGAAGACUGGCGCGAGAGCUUCCAGUUCACCCCGACGGCCAUGGACAAUGGAGCACCCACCGCCGCGCAGGCAUCGGCUCAGACAUCGCGCCCUAGGGUUUCCCAGAGCCGCGGACGCCCAACGACCAAACAUAAUGCACGGACUGCCAAGUCGGGGACUCCGAGUAGUCACAAUUCUUCGCGGUCGAAUUCGGAGCCCGCAGCGCAGCAACAGCAGCAACAGCAACAGCCACAGUCGAAUCAUGGGUUCGCUGAAGGGACCUUCUCCAUUGACGGCUGGGCGGAACAGUUGAAGAAUCUCUCCUUUUUUGGAUCUACGGGCCAGCCGGGACAGUCUACACAGCCAGCCGGACAGACCGGGCAGUCUACGCGUUCGAGAAAAACAAAACCAGCCGUCAAGGUGCGACCCGCUCCCCAGCCGGCGAGUGUGGCUACCGAGGCAGAAGAGGCGCGAGCCACGCUGGACGACGAACAUGAACCUAAACCCAACGGACCACAUGUGGAGGACAGCAGCGAAGCGAUGGAUAUCGACGAUAUCCUACCGGAGGCGAAGCCCGAAGCAGCAAAGGAGGCUCCUGCUGCUGCUGCUGCUGCUGCUGCUGCUGCCGCCGCCGAGAAAGACCAGACGUUGAACAUGAAGAACCUAGCGGAGACGACCCCCUUCACCAGUACCAACAACGGGGGUAUCGAAGACCUACAGGACAUCGGGACAACGUUGCCCUUUGAAUCCCGGCCGAGGAACCUCCGCCCGCGCACCAUGACGGCGGCGUCGGUGCGGCCGCGCGAGCUGAACUGUCCCAACCCGCCGAAACGGCCGCGGCCGCCCGUCCUGAUGCCUGCGAGCAGCGGCGCGCCCACCACGCUUGUCCUCCCGCAUGUCGCGUGGGACCGGUACGUGCGCGAGAUGCACACGUACAUGAAGGAAUGGGCGGUGUUUGAGCGGCGGAUGCUGGCGCACUUCAACGCCCGCCAGGAGGCCAUCGAAACGGGCCUGGCGCCCAACUGGAUCAGCGCCGUCGGCGAUUCCUCCCGUCUUCAUCUAGAACCCGAUCAGGAUGAAUCCGAUGACGAAGCUGGCGCGGCUCCUGCUCCUGCUCCUGCUCCUGCUCCUGCUCCUUCUGGAGACGGCCUUGAUCUUAUCCCCGGCGUUCCUCGCGGGGGUUACAACGCGUACCUGCGCGCAGUGGAGGAGGACGAAAAGGUACACAAGCAUUGGGAGGUUGCGCGCGAGAUGCACCGCGAAUGUAUCCUGGAGUUGGGCCAGAUGCGCGAAUGGAUCCUGAAUGGAGGGAAAGUGAUUUAGUAUUGGUUGGCGUUGCUUGACUGGAUGUCU